AUGGACUCACCGGAGGAAGUAGCGGUGGUGGAGGAGGAGGAGGAUGAGGAGGAGGAGGAGGAGGAGGAGGAGGAAAGGGUAUCUUCAACCUAUCAGAGUCGAAUUGGUUUAUCUCGGAUCCGUUCAGCUCCAGCUACUUGGAUUGAAACCCUACUCGAAGAAGAUGAAGAAGAAGGAGCUGCAGCUGAUGAUUCUAGUGGUGGAGGACGAGCGCCGGCGGUGGUGGAGAUGCUCCAGCAAGGAUGA